GCACUGAAUUACGAAUUCGCUGCGAAUUCGCAAAACAAUGGUAAAAUGCGAAUUGUUGCAUCAUUUUUACGCCCAAAAAUUGCGAUUCGUCAAUUGGUCUUUAGACACUUUGUCCACACUAAUGAGAAAAAUGACUUUUAGUCUCCUAGCAAAAUUAUCGGAUUCGGCGCCACUCUCAGUGCGAACUGAUAAGCACUGCGAUGAAUUUUACAACAUGUUCUUCCGUUUUUCCACAAACUACUUAAAGAUUAUUAUUAUAGAGUGGGAGAUAAACUAUAUUCCCUACAACUGUGAAGAAUGUUCCAUGUAAGGUUCACGCGAUACUCAACUUUUGAAAAUGAAGUAUGUUUGAUUUUUAUCUCAGUAUUUUAAACUUGGGUUCUGAUACGAAAAGUAUUUCCUACAGAUUUUCUUGCAUUCUCAGUUCGAUUAUGACCAUAAGAACCCGCUUUUUCAAAUUUUUAUAUGAUAACUGAAGCCGCCGUUAGUAUGGUGCCCCCUAGUGAAAGUACUCAUACGAUGAGUACGACUUUACUCAUAAUUCGUCCAUGAGCACUCAUAUUGGUACUACUAACAAUUUCUGAGUAUUGUUACCCAGUGAGUACUCAGUUACUCAUGUGAGUACUCAUGAAAUAUUCAUUCACCAUUUUAUUUUGCUAAACUGAAACUGUAUAAAGAAUGUAGAAUUUAAUGAAGAAACACAGAAUACUUAUAUUAUUAUUUUCUCACUGAUCUCUCUUUAUAUAGUCAGAGAUAGACUUUCUAUGACUAGACCUGUAGUACUCAGUGAGUAAAAAAAUAUAUGAGUACGUAUGAGUACUCGUCCGAUUUUUCUAGCAGAGUACUUUUUGAGUACUCACACUUGAGUACAUUCACUAGGGCCACCAUCAUUAAUAACUAACUGCCCAGGUCGAACGAUACGGUCCAUAUACGGACCGUCUACUGGACGCAGGAAUACGGACCGUAACAUCAGUAUACGACCCCGUAUUACUGUGCCCAGAAACGGUACCGUUUACGGGCCGUAUAUUGUGAAAAUACGGCCGUAUACAGCCCUUAUUAAAAUAGGGCCGUAUUUUCACAAUAUACGGCCCGUAAACGGUACCGUUUCUGGGCACAGUAAUACGGUGUCGUAUACUGUGAAAAUACGGCCGUAUACGGCUCUUGAGUGGUCAUUCUUCUCUUUUGCUGACGUAACAGUUUUGUAUGGUUGCAUUGAGAUAUGAAAAAGUUGAAUAUCGCGUGAACCUUACAUGGAACAUUCUUCACAGUUGUAGGGAAUAUAGUUUAUCUUCCACUCUAUAAUAAUAAUCUUUAAGUGUUUGUGGAAAAACGGAAGAACAUGUUGUAAAAUUCAUCGCAGUGCUUAUCAGUUCGCACUGAGAGUGGCGCCGAAUCCGAUAAUUUUUUCAGAUGAGAUAAAACAUACGAUUCAGCAUUUAAUGUCAGUGUUUAAAUUUUAUGAUAAAGAGAGAAAUGCUUCCAGAUGCAAAUAGUUUUGUUCUUUUUUUUGCUAGUCACUUAGCACCAAAUUCAACGUCGCCAGUGUCGCUCUUUCGUCACAGCCAUUUAUUGGUUGAAACUUUUUCACUCAUAUUUAAAAUGAGUCAUGAAGCAUAUGGACUGAUAUGACUGUUAAACAAAAGGAAAAGGAAAAUUUAUUUUGAUAUUUAUUUAUUGCAAGGACUACAAGCAGUGAGCAGUUCGAUUCUUUUUUGUACUAAGUAAAUCAGUUAUUUAAUCUUUGCAUUUCUUCUAAUUACAAAAUCUCUUAUUUGUUAGGUAAAAUGCCAUUUUCAUGGGAUCAACUACAGAAAGUCGCUGAAGAUAAUACUAGAACUACAGCUCAAAAGCUUGAAGAAGAACGUUUAAAGAAAGAACGUGAGAAAAGAAUUAAACAGCAAAAAUUAGCAACAGACAAAUCUGUCAGUGAAAAACUGGUGCAAAUGAUAAAUGAAAAACGCCAUUUAGAACAACAGAAAGAGGAACAACAGCGUCGCCAACAAAUUCAUGACUUAAAAAAGCGUCAGAGUGCAAAAUUGUCGUCAUCGUCAUCGGAUUUGAAAAAGAAAACGCUACCAUCAGUAUCAAACACUACUGAAAAACAAUCUAAUAGAACAGUACAAAAUAAACAAUGCAAUCAAACAAAACAGAUAAUAACUUCCAACACUUCCACAACAGUUACAAAAACAUCUCAAAAACGUUCAUCAUCGAUGCCAAACAUACCUUACGAAUUGAUAAUGAAGUUAGCUGAUUUGCGAGCGAAUAAACAGCCAAUACCAAAAGAAUUAUCAUAUGUGACAAAAAUUUGCAAACCGAAUAAUGAUCAAAAACCAGCUAAAAACGAAUCAGUUCAUUCAAAUCAAGUUUCACGACCAAAAUCAUCCACAACAGCAAUAGGAAGGACAAACGGAUAUAAAAUGCCCGUUUCGACAUCGUUAAAAGAACACAAGACUAAAACGACAUCGUUAAAAGAACAUCAGACUAAAACGACAUCAGUAUCAGUAUCACAGCUAAAUACACCAUUACGUUCAGAUAAUAAACAGACCACGCAAAAUAAACAGACCGCGCAAAAAACAUCAUUGACCAAUACAUCUACUAAGAAUGAUCGUCUGAUUACUAGUAAAACUAAUAUUAAUACAAACGGAAAUUUUAAACGUCCAGUCUCAACUAACAAUAGUAGUUUGAAUAUUCAUAUGGAUAAUGGAAGGUCAAAAUCUACUACUCCAACAAAGAUGUCCACACUGAAUCAAACAAAAACUACUACGGCUGUGAAUAAAACACCACAAUUACAACAACGAAGUCAGAUUCAUCCACAAAAACAACAGCAGCAAUUUCUAGUUAAAAACAACGGUAUUAAUGGAAGAAAAGAGCCUGCAGUUAGCAGAAAACGUCCGAUGUAUGCUGACUCAGAUGAUGAAGAAGACGAUGAAAUGCGUGAUUUUAUUGUGGAUGACGAUGAAGACGCUGAAUAUCAAAGGGAACUAGAUGCUACUUUAAAAUCAGUAUUUAAAUUUGAUAAAAAAAAAUAUGCAAAUAUGCGACUCGAUGAUGAUGAUGAUAUUCGGAUGGAAUCAUCUUGGAAUGAAAUGGAGAAAGAAGAAGAAUAUAGCCGUUAUGUCGGUUUAAAAGAAGAUAUUGAAGAUAUCAUGAAAGAAGAAGCAGAAAAGAAACUAAUGAAGCAAAAACGGAUGAAAAUGUCAAAACGGUGA